CAGACACAGACACAGACCGCCGGCGGAUCACGGAGCCGCCGCCGCCUCUGAGUCGCUGCAGCCGGAUAGAGAAGCAGCACAGCCGGCCGCACACCCGGAGCUAUGGCCGAUGAAGGAGCCCCAUCCACGGCCUGCACCGGCUCCAGCCUCCUGCAGCCGGUCAGCGAGAUCACCAACCUGCCGCUGGACCAGGUGAACUUCGUGGUGUGUCAGCUCUGCGCUUUGGUUUCUGCCUUCUGGUUUCGUCUCUUCCUCCACCCCAGUAAAACCAGUCCCUUCAUCAGACACGUGGUGGCCACGCUGCUGGGACUGUACUUCGCUAUGUUCUGCUUCGGCUGGUACGCUCUCCACUUCCUGGUUCAGAGUGGACUCACCUAUGGCAUCAUGAUCCUCACUGGAGUCGAACACAUGCACAAGUACAGCCUCGUGGUGGCGCUCACAUAUCUGAGCCUGUGUCAGAUCACUCGAGUCUACGUCUUUGACUACGGCAUGUACACUGCUGACUUCACAGGCCCCAUGAUGGUCAUAACACAGAAAAUCACCAGCCUGGCGUUUGAGAUCCACGACGGAAUGGCUCGAAAAGAGGAACAUCUGACAGCAGGACAGAAGAUUCUGGCAAUAAGGAGGAUGCCCAGUCUGCUGGAGUAUUUCAGCUACAACUGUAACUUCAUGGGGAUCCUGGCCGGACCCACCUGCUCCUACAACGACUACAUCGCCUUCAUUGAGGGAGACCCCCGCCGCCACAGGGACCCAGAGGAUGACAGGAAGUCCAGCAGCAAGCUGAGGCAGAGCGAGCCUUCGCCAAACAUGGAGGUUGUACGUAAAGUGGCCACCUCCUUCUUCUGCCUCCUGGUGUUUCUGUCGGUGUGCAAGGUUUUCCCCGUGGAGCGAAACAUCGACGAUGACUUCAUCGCCAACACACCAUUCUAUGCUCAGGUGGUCUACCUGUACCUGUCCAUGCUGACCACCAGACCCAAGUACUACUUCGUCUGGACGCUUGCUGACGCCAUCAACAAUGCUGCCGGCUUCGGCUUCAAUGGUUAUGACAGCGACGGCUCUCCUCGCUGGGACCUCAUCUCCAACCUGAGGAUCCUGAACAUUGAGUUUGCCACCAGCUUCAAAGUUUUCCUGGACAACUGGAACAUUCAGACAGCACACUGGCUCAAAAGGGUGUGUUAUGAGCGAUGCCCCUACCAUCCAACAGCAGCCACCUUCAUCCUGUCAGCCAUGUGGCACGGAGCCUAUCCAGGAUAUUACCUCACCUUCCUCACAGGCACCGUCAUCACGCUGGCAGCCAGAGCGGUCAGACACAACAUUCGGCCAUACUUCCUGCACUCAUCCACCCACAAACUGGUCUAUGAUGUCAUCACGUGGGCAGCCACUCAGAUCGCCAUUUGCUACACGGUGGUACCUUUUGUUCUGCUGUCUGUGGGUCCAUCCAUGAAGUUUUACAGGUCCUGGUACUUCAGCCUCCACAUUGGGUGCAUUCUGGUGGCCGUGGCACUGCCUGUCAAACCGAGACAUCUCCGUCUCAAAGACCAGCAGAAGAGCACCAUCCAGGAGCCUCUUCAGCGCCACCCAGAGGCUGCAGACAGGAACUGCAGCCAGAGGGAGAAAACCACAUGAGUCGAAGGAUGAGAAGCGAUCAUGUAACAUCAUGUACUACGUGGGUGUGUAUAGAAGGACGAGGAGGUGAAGGUCACUGGGAGCUUUCUGCUGGCCUGGGUACAGAAACAUGAUGGUGAACGUUGAAUUAUUUGGAGUCACAGGGGGGUGGGGAUGAAAACAGGCCCUGUGUUGUACUGUGUCUUUAAACGGACUCAUGACUGCUCAUCCAGUCAGAUUCAGACAGAUGUGUGAUGUUGAAGGAUUCAUGUGUAUAAAUACAUACAGUGUAAGUUCACAUGGAGCAGCUAUUUGGGAACCAAGCUGCCCUGAACUGUCAUGAUCACCUGUGUAGUGUUUCUUUCUGGUUAAACACCUGCUGACUGUUGAUGUGCAGGAAGAGCGAACAAAGGAAGGACGGAUGGAAGAAUGACUCAAACGUCUGUUAUGAAAUAAUGGAAAAAGCAGCAGGAUGAGUGAACCACGCGUGACCUGAAGUCAGACAGGUUUAACCACUACAUGACAGUAUUCACAGAGGCUGGGGUUCGAAAAGUGCCGAUAACUGUUCCACUCAGUCGCCUCACGUGUUUGGGUUUGUGCAGGAGCGUUCCCCGGAGAGGACGGCCUCACGUUUACAUUAGUACAUGUUUGAAUCAGGUGAUUUAUGUCGUUUCAUUCCAAGCAGUGUGUGCAGUUUGGUGUUUGUAGAUUUAGCUUGAAGGUAAAAUGAACUGAAAUGCAGCUCAGUUCAGAUUUCUUCAGGUAAAGGAUCGUGUAGUUAGCAGGUCAAAUGAUCUGGUUUAAAGAAACCAGUGCUUCAUCUCACUAGUUAAAGGAAACCCAUUCUGCUCACCUGCAGCUCAUUUUUAUUCUCACACUCAGCCAUAUUAUCCUCGUGUGAUUGACAGUUUAAAAUAAUCUUUACUUUGUUUUAUGUGGGCCCCUCAGUUCAAUAAACCCUUUAGCUCCUCUCUCUUCAAGGCCCCCUUCCCUAAAAUCCCACCUUCUCCUGAUUGGCCAGGUUCUGGACGCCUGCUGAGGGGCAGCGCUCGGUGCCUCUGAGCUGUACGUCGUGGACAUGCCUACAGGACGUGCCCACAUAAAGAGCUCUGCUGUGAUGAACUGAAAAAAAUGACAUAAAAAGUUUGAAGCUGAGUACUGCGAGCAGGUUUCUGACUGGAUUACUUUGGAUUACUGUGGUUUAUGUUAUUACUUUGACCUUGAGCCGUGUUUCAUAUGAACACAUUUCAGUAUUUUGACAGAAAACAAAGAAAGUACCUUCAGCAGGUGAAAGUGUUGCUGCAGCUGCUGGUUUAGGUGUUAGAAGGUUUAUUUUGGGGUCGGUUCAGCAGCUUCAUGUUUCAGGUCUUCUUCCAGCAGUUUACGACGGCGCCGUGUUGGUAGCCCCCCCAUCGUGGUUCUGUGGCCCGGUCUUUGGAUCCAGAAGGACGUCCCGUCAGGAACGGCUGCAUUUCCUGCUGUGUGUUUUUGAAAAUGAGGAAAGCACAUCUCUGUUUCCUGUUGCCAUGUUUGUGUUUUCAGUGUUGUGGGAGGCGUGUGGAGAUAAUGUUCUGGGAAGCAGAUGCCUCUCUGUGGGCUUCAUGAGGGCAGUAUGUGUUUUUGUAAAUGAUGUGAUUAAAGCAAAUUUUUGACACCUGA